CUAUGCAUCACUUUAUCAUGGCGGCGCAGGCGGCGUUUGGUGCUGGCGACGCCGAUGGCUCGGGUGUCAUCGAGUACGCCGAGAUCAAGGCGGCUCUGGCGGCGUGCGGGUUCAACAUGACCGAGACGAGCAUGAACAUCCUGCUGCGGCGGAUGAUGGCGCCGUCGGGCCUGUACGCCGACAGCGGAGCAGGGCUCACCUUUCCGCAGUUUGUCGACCUCUGCGCCUACUGCGCGCUCGCCCGUAGGGUCUUCUCGUGGCACGACACCGAUCUCGACGCUACCGCCACCAUCACGCUGGACGACUUUAUGGGCAUGGUCAUGGUGAUCAAGCCGUGACGCCUGUCCGGAAAUAACAACUCAACAACUCAACACAUA